UCUUCUCUUUCCGAACAGAAUUUUACUUUUAUGCAAUGACAGUAUCAAUCAAUCACUUCAUGUUUUAGUUUUGAUACGCCUGAAUUUUGAAUGUUGUGAAAUCGUACUAAUUAAUCCAUUAAUGUAGCUUAACAAAACCUCUAAAUUAAAUAAAUCUUCUUAGUUACAACUUAAAUUCAAAAUUUCUCAUAAUGGGUUGUAUGUGUUGUUCAUUUAGUUCGUUUGUAUCUGUUUGUCUAAAUGCAUUUGAGAGAGCUACAGUGUGCACAGUGUGUGCAGUAUUAACAUUUUUUUUGCUAUUCACAAUAUUAGCCGUGUUGGCCAUCGGAGUCGGUAUUGGAUUUCACUAUUGUUUUGUGACACAGACUGUGGAAGAAAUGUCCAAAGCCGCAAAACUAACUGCUGGUUCUCAAGAAGGUAGGAGAGCAGGUAGUGAACUGAACGGGUUGAGGCGCGCGAACGUGGUGCGAGCAGUGGAGCAGGGUGCCCAGCGAGCAGCGGCCCUGAGGCGCCACCUGCAACGCCGGGAAAUUGCGGACUUGCCACCAUUUAGCAACAACCAAACGGCUAAUUUAUCUGCCUUAUCGUUGAAAGAGGAUUUAGUUAAGCAAAAUGUGUCAAAAUGUAUCAAUUGUUAAAGUGUGAACACGGUUUGAGAAUUUUUGUUACAAGGAAUAU